UCUGCGCAGGACCGGAAGCAAACAACAGCUCUCCAGAUAGACAUACAUCUGCUCAAAACAUUUGGAUAAAAGAGCUCGACAGAAGAAAACAGGUAACAGAAAAUGACCCGAGAUCAUUUUCUGCAUGGUGAACAGUCGCAUUCAUUAGUUAAUUCCCUGGAAUUCAGCCAGUGAAUGGAAGUGGCGAGGGCCCGAGAGAUGGGUCCCGAAAGAAUCUUACCGAACUCCGAGGAGGAUGUGGUGCAGGACCGGCCUCUAGACACCGCAGUGCCGGAGGAGUGGAGCGGGGAGGACAUGGAGGAGGACGAGGACAAUGCUGGAGACGAGGACAGUGCUGGCUACUAUUACCAGCCUCUGAAUCAAGACCCAGACGGGAUGAACAGCUCACACACAGAGCCAGCCGAAGAGGCGACCGCUGCAGAGCAGCUCCAGGAGGUCCAGGACAGAAUAGAGGCCAUGGGUCUGUACCUUCCCCAGCCUCCUCCUGACAGCGACGAAGACGAGGAUCCUGAAGGAGCAGCUGCCUGCAGAAGCCAAGCGUCCAUCCCCAUGGAUGCAGAUCACGUUGAGCUGGUGAAAAGGACCAUGGCGGCCAUCAAUCUGCCGACACUGGGAAUCCCCGCCUGGGCCCAGGAGAUCUCGGACGACCAGUGGAAGGACAUGGUCCAGCAGACGCUUCAGACCAGACAAAGCUCCGCAGGCCUGAGACUGGAGCGCAAGUGAAGCCUCACCUCGGCCUCGACACUGCAUAAACGUUAAAGGACCUUCUGACAUUUGCUCAUCUCAAACAAACAAACCAAAAGGCACAUUUAUCACCCUAGCUGUGGUUUAUACCAACUGUGGAAAUUUAAUAGUUUACCUUUUAAUUGCUUUGAACUUUCGCAAGGCAAGUUUGCAAAAACUGUUUUAAAAACACCUAGACAUAUUUCAGCCUUGUUCCAAGUUAAUUAUGCAGUAUGUUCUUUUGCUUGAUUACGUUUUUGUAAAGUGAAGUUUGGCAAGAUUUAGUGGUUGCUUUUCUAUGACGGUAUAAACAUGUAAUGGUGCAUCUCAGUCGUGUGCCGUUUAAGUCACAAACAAAAAUCUGAUUAUUAAUCUGAUUGACAAUGUGCAAUGAGUGACUAAUCCUUUACGUAGUUCACAUGGCUUGAGCAACACAACCGGCCGUCACGUCUUUUGUGUUUCUUUAUUGUUGUUCUGUACAUACAUGAACAUCUGUACAAAAUAUGACUUUCAUACUAUGUAAUGCUCAACCUAAUUAAAGUACAACAUAUGUACAUAUGA